GGUGCAUUUCUGGAUGGCUACGCACCAAUUGGGCCUGCGCGUUUUAUCCACAUGUGGACGUGGUAGUAGUGGUUGUUACCCGUCUUCGUGUUUAUUGCGUUAAUGUUUAUUGUUUUUAAAGGUGGAAGCUUGUUGAACACAGGGGGAGAUGAUGGAGGACGACUUUGUGUUAAUGCCGCAGCUGUUGCCUGUGGAGGAGAGCGGAGGAGGGGAGGAGGAGGAGGCGGCGGCGAGCGGACCGCCAGUAACGCCGGCAGAGUAUCUGAAUCGGGUCCGGCUCGAAGCUGCCAGAUGCCCCGAAGUUGCCGUGGCCAACAUUGACCCAGAAAAACUCAAGCAGAAGCAACCGGUGAAAGUAUCGAAUCCGUGCGGUUGUCUGCCAGCUCCACGCGGCUUCGCCCCCAGCGUCGAGUGGCAGAUGCAGCAGCAGGCUGCCUUCUCCGCCAUGCGCCAGAAAAUAUCAAGGAACAAAGCAAGACGGACAUUCCUGAAGUUGCACAGCGACAUAAAGAUGCCAGAAGUGGAGGAUGAGGAGGGGUGGAAGCGCUUCUGCUUGGGGGAACGGCGGUACGGCAGCAGAGCGCAAUCCGAACCCCCCGCCGCCGCCGCCGCCGCCACCGCCGGCGUCGACGGCGACCCCGCAGACAGCGAGGAGCUGGACCUCGACUUCUUGAAGAUCGGCACCCCUCCGCUGCUCAGCGUGGUUGGCAACUUGGGUCAAGCGACCCUCAUCGUGGUGCUGGAGUACCUGACCGUGUGGUUCGAGGAGAGAGGCUUCUCCGAGGAGUUGGGACGCUGGAUCUACGCGCUGCUUGCCUGCAUCGAGAAGCCGCUGCUGCCAGAGGCACACUCCCUGCUGCGACAGAUAGCCCGCAACUGUGCCAGCCUCCGGGCCAGUCUGGAGAGCCCCGAGGACAGCAGGCUGUCUGCGCUCAACCUGCUCAUCUGCCUCGUGGCGAGAUACUUUGAGCAGAAGGACCUCGCGGACAACUGACGGUGGUGGACCGAGCCGUCGGUCCGCAACGCUCACCUUCACAACAAAGAUUCAAUCUGCCAAACUCUGCCCCCCGCCCACCAUUUUAUUAUGAUAAAAAAUCAAUCUUCAUCAUAACCACGAUUUACCGUCUGUGAACAAAGACAAAGAUCCCCCGUGUAGUCUUAACAGACUGUUGAGGGGAGCGGGCGGCCAGCACCUCACGAUUUCGAUUUAAAGCUUUCGUGACUGCAGGGAUUCAUCUUCUUGGUUCUUUCGGUAAAGUCACGUAGAAGGGAAAUAAUAAAAAUCUCACGACGUUUCGGCCACAACGGCUGGCUUGCGUUGUGGUCGAAACGUGAUAAUUAUUUUAUUAUGUUUUAUUUUUAUUAUUUCCCUUCUACGUGACUUUACCGAAAGAACCAAGAAGAAGCACCUCACGAUGUUUACGCACCGCACCAGGUACUCGUUUGAGGCCGAGUCGACCUAGCGGAGGCCCAGGAAUCCGUGAACACACACGCGCACACGCACAAGCGUGGGACAGGGCAAGCACGGGGAGCAGUUCAGAGCAUGGUGUUGUUCGUCACACCGCGUCGGCAGGAACAGUCGAGUCGGCUCGCGAUUUUGCCCGCGACCUGAAACCGCGAUCGCUGUGCAGAUUUUUUUUGUUUUAUAUUCAGAAUAAAACUUGCCGCGGCGAUAGAGAUACUGGAGCGGAACUAAGCGAAUGUGUGUAUAAAUAAACGGCGUGGUGUUUUUUUUGACGCUACCCAUUUUUACCGGAGGCCGUUCGUUUUCGUUUCUCAAGGCGAGCGC